AUGAUCGGCAACUUUAAUUUGAGAAAAAUAGAUAUUUUUGGCAAAAAUAUAAGCAUACGUUUUUAGCAAAAAGAAAAACAUCAGACUAUAUUUGGAGCGACAAUAACAUUUUUUAUUUAUAUAAUUCUUGCUUAUUUAAUGAUUUCAUAAUUUAUUGAAUUAUUUUAAGGAAAUAAUCCAAAACUAUAAUAUAGAAUAUAAUAUAUAGAAGCUAAUAGAAUAUUUAAAAUUAAAUAAAACGAUUUUUACUUUGCACUUGCUCUCCGUAAUAAUUAAGAACUUCCUGUUUUUGAUCAAAAAAUAUAUAAUAUUACUGCUUAAUAAGUUAUAGGAAGAAGAACAUCUCCAGAAAGUACUUUAACUUAUCAAUUUUAUGAUAUAGAGAUGGAAUAAUGCAAUACAAACUCAUUUGGUUAUGAUAAAUUAAUAAAACUUUUUAACGUUAAUUUUAACAAUUUAUACUGUAUUAAAAAUGACUAACCAAUUAUAUACGAUAUCGAGAUUGGAGGUGAUAUUGACAAUACGUAUUUUUCCUAUAUAUAAAUAAAUGUUAAUAAAUGUUAAUAAAAUAUUAAUUGCAUUGAUAAAAAUGAUGAAAAAUACGAUUAAUAUUUUAAAAAUCCAUAAUUAAUGAUUUAUUUUUCUGAUAAAUAUUUUGACAUAUAAUAAAAAGGAUAUCCUUUUAAGAAUAUUAGUAGAAGAUUAAAGUUUAAUUCAAAUGAUAAUUUAUUAAAAGUUAUAAACUUAUAUUUGAUUGAUAAUUAUAUUGUAAGUGAAGAAGGAAUAAUAAAUAAUUUAAAAAAAACAACUUAUUAAAAUAUAACUUAUUCAUAAUAUGAAAUAAAUACAAAUAGUAAUACAUUAUUUCAAUUAAAUAUUUAGUUUGAGGAUAAAUAAUUAAACUUUUGGAAUAGACGGUAUUUAAAAAUAGAAGAAGUAUUAGGUACACUUGGUGGUAGCUUUUAAUCUUUAUUCACAAUUGGAAUAAUUUUUUGCUAUCCAAUUAGUUAAUUUGAUUUAAACAGAAAAUUGAUAAACUAGCUUUUUUAAUUCCAGAUAGAAAAGUUUGGAAAAAAAAGAAAAAAACCGUAUCAACAAUAAAAAAGUUAAAUUUAAAAUGCAAAGCUAUAAAGCAAUUUAAAUAAUAUUUAAUAAUUUAAUUAAGAAAGCCCUAAAUAAAACUAAUUCGAAUAAAAAAGUUCAAAUAAUUGUUUUAAAUAUAAAAAAUAUAUAAAAAAAAAAUCAAUUUAAAUAAAUUAAUAAGAAAAUUAGAUAUAGUAAUCUCAAUCAAUUUUUAUCCGUAUAAAAAAUUAUAUACAAUAUUCAUUUUCUUUGUUAUAUUCUAAACAACUAAAUAUAGAAAAUACUAUUUAAGCAUAAAAGUCAAACUAAAAAUAGAAUUUAAACUAAUUAUAUUUGAACUCUCUUAAAAGUUAAAUUAAAAAAAUUAAAUUUAAGUUUAUUGAAUAUAUUCGUUAUUUAUAUUGCCCUUCUAAAUAAUUAAAAAUAAAAAAAUUAUAAAUAUAAAAAGGAAAGUAAAUAUUGUAUAACCAUUUAGAUAUAUUUUAUAUAAUAAAAAAAAUAACUGAACUCGAUAAAUUAAAAACGAUUUUACUUAAUUAAAAUUAACUUAAACUUUUUGAAUAUUUACCUAAACCUAUUAUUUAUUUAAAUAAAAAUUCUGAAAAAGGAAAUUAUUAGUUAUAUUAGGAAAAAAAAACCGAAGAAGAAAAAGCUUUUGAAGCUUUUUAAGCAUUUUAAGAAAUCAACAAAGAUAUUCAUAAAUAAACAGAAUUAGAUAAAAAAAUAAUUGAAAUUAUAGAUCCUUAAAUUUUAAAAUCUUUCGAAUAAUAAACUAUAGAUUAAAAAAGAAAUAAUCAUUAUUCUCCUAAACUAGUCGAAAUUUCACUUAAUAAUUAACUAAACUCAAAAUUUAGUAGAUAUUAACAUAGCUAAUUGAUUUAAUUAGAAGCAGAAAACUAAAAAAAAUAAGAAAAUGAAUAAAAUAAUAUAGAUGAACAUAAAGCUGGUUAUUAAAUUGAUUUAAAAUAGUUAAUUUUUACAAAUUAAUUAGCUUAAAAAUUAUAAAUUUUAAAUAAAAAAUGA